GUACAUAGCAUUCUGGGUUGCAUAUAAUCUAUUUGCUUAAAACUCUAGCCUUAGCCAAACGAAAAGUGCAUCACCGACCGCUCAUACUCCCACAUCAUCAGCGGGCCGAGUGGCCCGCCGCUCGCCGAGAUGGCCAGCACACUUACAAGAACCCUGGUACUUGUCGCCAUUUUUAGUGUUGUUCUCGCGUCUAGCCACUUAUUGACACAUGACGGCAAGCCGGUGGAGGCAUUGCAUUCAAAGCCAUCGACGGUGGACGAGAUCACUGGGCAUUCGGGGGCGCUGCUUAGCGGUGUUCAAGACUGGUUUGCGUCCUUCGCGACCAUGGCGGACAUGCCUAAGGAGGAGCGCUUGCGGCUAUUAAAGGAGGAGAACGAGUGGUUGAACAGCUUCGUCAUGUGGAUCUUCCCUGAUGGCAUUCGUGAGCAGAUACCCCACUUCUGGCAGACCUGGCUGCGUUGUUGGAUUCUUUGCGCGCUUGUGUAUUUCGGCAUUGGCGCCGUCUGGAGUUAUUAUAUCUAUUUCUGCUUUGGCGACAAGCUCUUUGCACCGGACACCAUGCCAGCGUUCAAAGAUGUCGCUGAGCAAAUUCGGGUUUCCAACAUCGCCAUGCCGCUGUACUCCAUGCUUCCGACGCUAACGGAGUACGCAGCGGAGAAGGGCUGGACGUGUGCAUAUCCCCGCGUGGCUAACGUGGGGUUGCCCGCCUACGUGUUGUACUUCUUCCUCUACAUGGCCUCUGUCGAGUUCGGGGUGUACUGGAUGCACCGCCUGCUCCACGACAUCAAGUGGGCCUACAGGUUCCUGCACUACGACCACCACAAGUACAACAAGGAGCACACGUUGUCGCCGUUUGCCGGCUUGGCCUUCCAUCCCAUCGACGGCAUCCUGCAGGCCGUGCCGUACACCUGGACGCUGUUCUACUGCCCCAUGCACUUCCUAACCCACGAAAUCUUGCUCUUCGCGACCGGCGUCUGGACCGCGAACAUCCACGACUGCCUGCACGCGCGCGUUUGGCCCGUCAUGGGCGCCGGCUACCAUACUAUCCACCACACCACUUACAAGCACAACUAUGGACACUAUUUUGUGUUUAUGGACUGGCUUAUGGGCACGCUCCAUACGCCAGAGCAGUACGAGGCGGACAAGGAGGCGCGCGGAUUGUCAAAGCUGAUUCCGACUACGGCAGCAGCGGCGCCGCAGAUGCCAGCGAUUGCCGCCGGUGGCAGCGGAGGGAAGAAACAGCAAUGAGGUGGCUGAAGAGUGUGUAGUUAGUUGCGGACCCAGCUGAAGGGUUUGGACGAGCCGUAAUAUCACUUGAUAUCAGGGUUUCGAUUCGUAAUGCUUUCCUUUCUUUCUUUCUCUGGCGGCAUUUGGGAAUGGGGAAGACGGGAAUGGGGAAUAUUUUGUAUUAAAGUGCAUGGAGGCAGCGCGGCGGCUGAGUGGCUUCGGGGAAUUACCAGCUGCUGCUGCUUGCUGUUGCUGCCUCGGGGGUAUUUCGGCUCUCUAGGGAGAUGCGUUGCGGUGGCUCACCACUGGAUUGCUGUCCAUGCUGGUGGUGGUGGUGUUAUUAGCGGGGUGGUGCAUUUCAUGUUCCAUGGCGUGCUCGUCCUAGUGCACUGAUGCAAAUGGCGGAGGGUGUUGAGAUUGGAUGGAGAUUUCAGGAAUAAUCCAGGAGGAGGAAGACUGUGAGCAGAAGCAAGAAGUAUUGUGACCGCUAUUGUAAGCAGCAGCAGCAGCAAGUUGUUUCCGGAGUGCGCCGUGUAGCUACAGCCAGACAGCCUACGUACGUGUACCACCUUGUGGCCGCACGGGAGCGCGUUGCGCGGACAUUGGACCGUCCUUGGUUGGAUGGCUGGAGGGGCGCAACCGACCCCUGCUCGGAUGCGUGGCUCCCACUGCGCAGGGCGCUUCAGCCAUCUGAAAGGAUGCUGCGUGGUGUGCGUGUUUGUGUGUGUUGUCGACAGAGAGAUUCGCGCGAAUGUUGUGUUGCGAAUUAGGCGUUUGCUUUUGCCGUCCCUGGAGGCGGCGUUGGUGGAACGCGACCCUAGGAUUAGCCUUUACGGACUCGAUUGCGAGUGGUAGCCGCGUUGUUGCUUUGGCCGUCCUUAAGCAUCGGCUGUCAGCGCGAUGUUGAGGAGAGCGCAUCCGUUCCCUCUGACCUUUGUCCUUGACUUGGCAUGGCGCGAUGUUGAGGGUGCGAGGAAGGUUAUGGUGGUUUUGCCGAAGGCGCUGCUUGGGUUGUGUAGUGCCCAGCGCUGCUUGUCUUGAGACGUGGUGGAUCAGUGAAGCUACCCUCUUAAAGGUGGGUAGAUGACCUGAUGGUCUACAUGAUCCGGUCUUUGAUUGUAUUUCUGACGCGGACUUGCAGUGCAAUGGUUGCUAUCGUGGGGUGUAAUUGCCUUGUUUGUACUUUCACCUCGUUCUGCGCUUGCCUGACUGGUGCUAUUCGUGAUGAUGAUUCGUGUCCUGUUCCUGAGGUGGAGGAUUUGUGUACGUGUAUGGAUGUGUUCCUCUAUCCGUGUCCCAUGUAGCACGUAGCCAUAAAUAUUUAUUUCAGCACCAGGAUAUAAAGCUGAAGAGAAUGUGAAAAUAAAGCACAUUGCUUCCUGUCAGUAUAUUUAUUUGAACAUCGAUUGGUGAUGUGUAUGUGUUACCGUAAGAUUG